GCUCGCCCCGAGGUCCGCGCGUCCGCCGGCCUUGCAGGCGGGGCGGAGAAAAUGGCGCUGCCCCCGGCCGCCGCGCCCCCCGCCGGGGCCCGGGAGUCGCCGGGGUCCCGCGCCGCCGCCGCAGCCGCCGCCCCCGAGCCGCCGCUCGGCCUGCAGCAGCUGUCGGCGCUGCAGCCUGAGCCGGGCGGGGUCCCGCUGCACUCGCCCUGGACCUUCUGGCUCGACAGAUCCCUCCCUGGUGCCACAGCAGCUGAGUGUGCAUCAAAUCUGAGGAAAAUCUACACAGUACAGACAGUACAGAUAUUUUGGAGUGUAUACAAUAAUAUCCCUCCUGUGACUAGCCUGCCUUUGAGAUGUAGUUAUCAUUUAAUGAGAGGAGAGAGGCGACCACUUUGGGAAGAAGAGAGUAAUGCAAAGGGCGGCGUAUGGAAGAUGAAAGUCCCCAAGGACAGCACGCCCACAGUUUGGAAAGAGUUGCUGUUAGCAACCAUCGGGGAACAGUUCACAGACUGUGCCGCAGCAGAUGAUGAAGUAAUAGGAGUUAGUGUCAGUGUUCGGGACCGAGAAGACGUCGUCCAAGUCUGGAAUGUAAAUGCCUCUUUAGUGGGUGAAGCGACUGUUUUAGAAAAGAUCUAUGAACUUCUGCCCCACAUAACUUUUAAAGCAGUAUUUUAUAAACCCCAUGAAGAGCAUCAUGCUUUUGAAGGUGGACGUGGAAAACACUAAUUGCACUCUGUAAAGAAUUCUUUGUCCUUUGCUGAUUGGUUUUGGAAACGGUCUUAACAGGAGGGAGAGUGAAGAGAAGACUUGCCGAAGCCGAUGCUGGUCAAUUUAGAGUGGGUUUCUGUCCUUGCAGAUGGGCAAUUAGGACUCAAAGUGGCAGGUGGGGUGGGGGGAGAUUGUGUGGGUUUCUACCGUCACAUUACUUGCUUUUUAAAAAAAACAAAAAAAAACAAAAAAACUUUUUUUUGGCUUUCUAAAUUCUCUGUUCUUUUCACUCUGAUUUUUUUUUUUUUUUUUUUUUGCUGUUUAAAAUUCCUUAUUCAGCCUAAUUAUUGUUUUCUACACUCCCCUUUCACUGAGGCACAAGAAAUCGGUUUCCCUUUAAGUAGCUCUGCUGUACCUAGUUAAUGAGAAUAUGCAUAAUCGUGACAAUACUGCUUUUGAAUACCACACUGUACAAGGAGGAAUACUAGCUUGGAGAAACCUGUCUUCUGAUUAUUUGUUGUGACACAUUCCUAUGUACUGUGAGCUGGGCAUUGUUUUUUUCUGUCCCAGGGAAAAGAAAAACCAUACUUAAUGUGAUUUUGCACUGACAGCACACAAAUCUUUAAUUUUCCUUUUUAAAACUUUUUUUUUUUUUAGUGAUAAAAGGAAAAUAAUAGUUGGAUUGCCUAACAUGAAAACUAUAAUCACAAUUCAGUAUCAGGAUAUAAAUCAAGCUCUAAGUCUUUGGACCCUCUGUGCAAACAUUUCUAACCCGAAUUUUAAUUUGGCCUUUUCAACCGAAGGCUUAGAAUGGUAGCAAGGGAUUUCUCCCAAUAGGAAACCUGAUGUUUCUGAUUUAAAGAGAAGGUGAUAUUUUAAUUGUUUGAAUUAAGCUCCUUGCAAAGUUCGGGUGUGUUUACCCACUUAAGGCUUUCCCAGUCAACACUGACACAUUUUGUUAAAUGAUCCCUUUCCCUGCUCACAUUGUGUGUCAUUUCUCAUCAUCAGUAGUCCUCCAGCCUGGGCAGCUGUCCCCACCCUUUUUCAUGUAGGUGCAGGAAGUUAAAUCUCAUUUCCAGGAUGCAUGUGAACAUUUACAAAGUUGAACUUUGAGUGCAUUCUGCUCAUAUUAAUUAUUGGGAUUGUUGAUAUAUAUUGUAUUAUUCUACCAAAGAAAUAUUGGUUUUAUUAGAAGGAAAUGGUCACCCUCUGGACCAUGGAGACUUGCUCAGAAUACGCAGAUUUCCCUCUCCUGACUUUGCCAAGCCUUUGGCUGCUUUUGCCUGAUAAAGGGCAGGGCCAUUUGAAGACACUUCCCCCAGUCGGCUUUGGAGUCACAGGAGCUAGUGCCUGCUCACACAUUUUUCAAAAGGGCAGUGCACUCAGAACUUCACUGUACCUGGGAUUUUUAAUUCCUCUUGCAGUGUUGACUAGCAGAGAGACUCGAGGCUACUUUAAGCCUCCACUAUGUGUUUGUAGAUAAAAUUCUCCAUUCAAACAUUUUAAAGGACUUUGAACAUUAUCUGUUUAUGGAAGUCGUGCCCUUCACUUGGUUAGUAACCAUCUCAGCCAUAAUACUUCCCAUCAUAAGUUUUUUAAAAUGCUUUUUUUUUUCUAAACUUGAGUUUCCUUAGUGAUUUCAAAAUGAAGUAUAUCAGAUGCAAUUAGCAAAAGCCUGGGACUUGUUUCUCCAAACAUUGUACUAACAUUCAACUUGUUUUAAAAUUAUGACUCAAGAGUUUUAAUUAUUCUGGACAUGAAUUAAAACUCUUUUUUAUAAUAUAAGUAUUUUUCUGAUUAGAAAAAAGGAUAUAAUUGACUUCACUAUAAUUGUCAUAUAUAUUUCCAUAAGUAAAUGGAUUUUGAAGUAUUUUUAUUUUUUGAACUUUAUUUAAAGCAUUUGUGAUGACAUGUUCAACUUUUGCAUGUAUGUAGCCUUUGAAGUAAAAAUAAAAUAAAUAGGAAUGUUAGGCUCACGUUAAUAUUUCUAGUUUCUGUUUAUGAUCAUGGAACAUGACUAGCACACAAAGUAGAUUUUUGCCCCAGUGAACUUCUGCAACUGUUUCUGACCCUUUAGAAAAUACCAACUUUGAGAAGGAUUUAAUUUGCCUAAUGUUAAAAACCUAUCAUCUAAAUUACUUUCAGAGAGGAUUUUGUCAGAUUUUGGUUUGGAAAUUGUUUUAAUUGAGUAUUUAAUCAUAAUAGACUUUGUAUGAACUAAGCUGAUUUAAUCAGUUUAAAAACCUCUCAUUACCUUCUUAGAUUAAAGAAGCUAAUACUCUUUUGAGAUAGAAGGAAAUAUUUUGUGGCGCAUGUGACUUUGGUGUUAAGGCAGUUUACCCAUCUUGGCCGAUGUGGGGAAAGUGCAAACUUCCAGUAGAAUCCCGGUCUUUUCAUCCAAGUGCUUGCAGGUGCAGCCUUGUACACUGCAAAGAACCAUACAGAAACCAAAGAGCUCGCAUUUUUGUCUUUGUAAUUCCUUAGGGUCUGUGAUAUAUGCCAGGAAAUCUGAUUGAAACUAGUAUGCUUUUUAUUCUCCCAUUAUUCCCUAAAUUGUUAUAUCACAGGCGCUUGCCUACAUUGGGAAAGUAAGGACAGAUAAUACCCAUUUAAAGUAACUUGCCUAUAUUUUGACUGUCUUUUGUAAGCACUUGCUGAACUGACUUAACUCAGUUUUAAGAUUUCCUCUUUCCCCCCAACUUUUCCACAUUUCUUAAAUGAGGGUAUAAUUUACUGCAAACAUGUACAUUUAAUAUAAUAUUGCUGUUAGAUUCAUGGUACACUUUAUGAAGCAAAAACAUGAAAAGGAAAACACAACUCUAAUAAACUUUAAAGAUUAAGUUGA